AUGAUACAGUCAGACAAAGGAUCAGAUCUUCCAGAUGAAAAAGACAAGAAGGAUGAGAAGCUCUCUACAAGAACUAAUCCGGAGAAUGGGAUCUCGCACCUCCUGAGGCUCGUGUUACAGGAGCUGAACCUGUUCUACAGCCGAGAUGUGAACGGAGUGUGUCUCCUGUAUGACCUCCUCCACUCCCCGUGGCUGCAGGCUCUGCUCAAGGUUUAUGACAGCCUCCAGGAAUUCAAAGAGAAGAAGCUCGUUCCAGCCACACCCCAUGCACAGGCGUUAUCCUGCGAGGUAGUGAAGAUACUACGCGAAACCCCCAAGUCCCCUGAGAUCCAAGAGCUAAGACAGAUCCUCCAGGCUCCACACUUUAAGGCCUUGCUCAGUGCCCAUGACACGGUAGCUCAGAAGGACUUUGAGCCCCUUCUUCCCCCACUGCCAGACAACAUCCCUGAGAGUGAGGAAGCAAUGAGGAUUGUUUGCUUGGUGAAGAACCAGCAGCCCCUGGGAGCUACCAUCAAGCGCCACGAGAUGACAGGGGACAUCCUGGUGGCCAGAGUCAUCCAUGGUGGGCUGGCCGAGAGGAGUGGGCUGUUAUAUGCCGGAGACAAACUGGUGGAAGUGAAUGGAGUUUCAGUUGAAGGACUGGACCCUGAGCAAGUGAUCCACAUUCUGGCCAUGUCUCGUGGCACAAUCAUGUUCAAGGUAGUUCCAGUUUCUGACCCUCCUGUUAACAGCCAGAAGACGGUGUAUGUUCGUGCCAUGAUCGAGUACUGGCCCCAGGAGGACCCCACCAUCCCUUGCAUGGAUGCCGGGCUGCCUUUCCAGAAGGGAGACAUCCUCCAGAUUGUGGACCAGAAUGAUGCUCUCUGGUGGCAGGCCCGGAAAAUCUCUGACCUUGGUACCUGUGCUGGGCUAAUCCCUUCUAACCAACUUUUGAAGAGGAAGCAACGGGAGUUCUGGUGGUCUCAGCCGUACCAGCCUUACAAACACCUCAGAUCCACCAUCUCGAUUUCUAUGGAAGAAGAUGAUGACAUGAAGAUUGAUGAGAAAUGUGUGGAAGCAGAUGAAGAAACAUUUGAAUCUGAGGAACUUUCAGAAGACAAGGAGGAAUUUGUUGGCUAUGGUCAGAAGUUCUACAUUGCGGGUUUCCGCCGCAGCAUGCGCCUGUGCCGCCGCAGGGCCCACCGAAGCCAGCUGCGCGCCCCGGGAUGCGGCGCCAGCAGCUGCGCCGGCGCGGUGGGCGCCCCGUACGAGGAGGUGGUGAGAUACCAGCGACGCCCCACGGACAAGCACCGCCUCAUCGUGCUCGUGGGACCUUCUGGUGUUGGAGUAAAUGAACUGAGGAGACAACUUAUUGAACUUAAUCCUGACCGUUUUCAAAGUGCUGUGCCACAUACUACUCGUUCCAAAAAGAGUUAUGAAAUGGAUGGUCGUGAGUAUCACUAUGUGUCAAAGGAAACAUUUGAAAGCCUUGUGUACAGUCACAGAAUGCUCGAGUAUGGUGAGUACAAAGGCCACUUGUAUGGCACGAGUGUGGAUGCUGUUCAAGCAGUCCUUGAUGAUGGAAAGAUCUGUGUUAUGGACCUAGAGCCUCAGGGUAUUCAAGUGGCUCGAACCCAAGAACUGAAGCCCUAUGUCAUAUUUAUAAAGCCAUCUAACAUGAGUUGUAUGAAGCGAUCUCGGAAAAAUGCCAAGAUUAUUACAGACUACUUUGUGGACAUGAAGUUCAAGGAUGAAGAUCUACAAGAGAUGGAGGAUUUAGCCCAAAAAAUGGAGACUCAGUUUGGCCAGUUUUUUGAUCAUGUAAUUGUGAAUGACAACUUGCAAGAGGCGUGUGCCCAGUUGUUGUCUGCAGUUCAGAAGGCUCAGGAGGAGUCUCAGUGGGUACCAGCAACGUGGGUUUCCUCUGAUACAAAAUCUUAAAGAGGCCUUCUGCUUAAUACUGGAGUUUUAACAAUAUUCACCUGUUCCCUAGAGCUGGAAAAACAGCUAUAAUCUAAAACAUCAGUGUCAUAUUUGCUCUCUUAUAAUAUGUGCAACUGCAAAAGUGCUGCAGUUUGUUCAUCUUGUUUGAAAGAAAUUUGUAUGGUUAUGUAGAGUUAUCUCUUUGGA